AUGACAUAUGGUGCCACGUUGCGCGUGCCAUCGGAUUUCUUAGUGCCGACUGGAACAGAAAUCGAAGACGCAGAUUUGGUACGCCGUCUCACUCGCACGAUGGCUACACUAGCACCUGCACCGCAACGGUCACAUGAGAACAAGCCAUUCAUCUUCAAGGACCUUGAAACGUGCACUCAUGUCUUCGUAAGGAAUGAUUCCGUCCGAGCACCCCUCACCCCGCCGUACGACGGACCGUACGAGGUUUUAAAAAAACAUGAAAAAUAUUUCAAAAUAAAAAUGCCUCUCCGUACUGCUGUCGUGUCGCUGGACAGGCUCAAGCCCGCCUUCACAUUCAGUGACACGACAGUCAGUACUUCAGGAGCAACGAAUACGGUGAGAGGAGUUUCAUCGAAGCGCACAGUUCCAGAACAGCCUUAUACAACAAGAAGUGGUCGCAUUGUUAAGAAAACUGUACGCUUCUCUUGA